UGCAGUAUUAUUCCAGUCAUGAGGGAAGUCGACAAAAAGUCAACUCUGGAUUUAAACUGAGGAGAGAAUAAAGGAGAAAGAGAAGGAGGCCAGCCUGACACACACACUUAACACAUUUCCUACAGGUCUAGCUGGCCAAUGCCGGGCCCAUCGUGGACAUCUGGCGGCGGUAGCAGCAGCAGCAGCAGCAGUGUUUAUGUGAGCGUGCUCCCCUGCGCUUAGCCCAUGUCCAGCCCAUAAUGCCGUCGUCCACACGGAAAGGUGUGCCGAAGGACCCCGAGCUGGCCGACCUCUUCUUCAAAGAUGACCCUGAGGAUGUCUUCUGUGACCUGCACGAGAUCGGGCAUGGCAGCUUUGGUGCCGUCUACUUUGCUCGUAACUCUUACUCUAACGAGGUGGUGGCCAUCAAAAAGAUGUCCUACAAUGGCAAGCAGACUACCGAAAAGUGGCAGGACAUCAUUAAGGAGGUCAAGUUUUUGGGGCAGUUGCGACACCCAAACACGAUCGAGUACAAAGGCUGCUACUUGAAAGACAACACUGCCUGGCUGGUGAUGGAGUACUGCCUGGGCUCUGCAUCAGAUUUACUAGAGGUUCACAAGAAACCACUCCAAGAGGUGGAAAUUGCUGCCAUUACCCACGGUGCCUUGCUUGGACUGGCUUACUUACAUUCCCACAAUAUGAUUCACAGAGAUGUGAAAGCUGGUAACAUCCUGCUGACUGAGCUCGGUCAGGUCAAACUGGCCGACUUUGGCUCUGCCUCCAUUGCCUCACCUGCCAACUCCUUUGUGGGAACACCUUACUGGAUGGCUCCAGAAGUGAUCCUAGCCAUGGACGAGGGUCAAUACGAGGGGAAGGUGGACAUCUGGUCCCUGGGUAUCACCUGUAUUGAACUGGCGGAGCGUAAACCGCCCUUGUUCAACAUGAACGCCAUGAGUGCCUUAUAUCACAUCGCCCAGAACGACUCUCCCACACUGCAGUCCAUUGAGUGGUCUGACCCCUUCCGGAGCUUUGUCGACUACUGCCUACUGAAAAUUCCUCAGGACAGACCCUCGUCAGGGGAGCUGCUAAGACAUGAUUUUGUGCGUCGGGAGCGGUCGCCACGUAUUCUCAUCGACCUCAUCCAGAGGACCAAGGAUGCGGUGCGUGAGCUGGACAACCUGCAGUACCGCAAGAUGAAGAAGAUCCUCUACCAGGAGAAACACAACGGGCUGAUGGGAGAGAGCCAGGAGGAGGAGGAGGACAGCGAGGCGGCCAGCUGUAAGAUGAACAGCCUGGGCAGCAACCACUCCAUCCCCAGCACCUCCGUCAGCACAGGCAGCCAGAGCAGCAGCGUGAACAGCAUGCAGGAGGUGCUGGACGACAGCUGCUCCGACAUGACCAUGAUGCACCCCCAGGAGUACGGCAGCACCCUGGACUCCUCGCCGCACACCAAAAAGGACCAUCAGUACAACUGGGACGACGGGAUCCACAGGGACCACCGGCCCGAGCUGAGGCCGGCCUCCUCCGACAAGAGCAGUCAGGUUCAAAACUACAAGAACCAGGGCCGCUUCGCCACCAUCAAGUCUGCCUCUCUGGUGACCAAGCAGAUCCACGAGCAUGAGCAGGAGAGCGAGCUGCGGGAGCAGAUGUCGGGCUACAAGCGCAUGCGGCGGCAGCACCAGAAGCAGCUGAUAGCCCUGGAGAACAAGCUGAAGGCCGAGAUGGACGAGCACCGGCUCAAGCUGCAGAAGGAGGUGGAGACGCAGGCCAACAACGCCUACAUCGAGCUGGAGAAGCUGGCGAAGCGCCACGCCGUGCAGAGCGAGAAGGAGAUGAAGACGGCGUUGGCGGAUGAGAAGAAGUUCCAGCAGCAGAUCGCGGCGCAGCAGAAGAAGGAGCUGACCACUUUCUUGGAUAAUCAAAAGAAGCAGUACAAACUCUGCAAGGAGAAGAUAAAGGAGGAGAUGAACGAAGACCACAGCACACCGAAGAAGGAGAAGCAGGAGCGUCUGUCCAAGCACAAGGAGAACAUGCAGCAUUCCCAGGCCGAGGAGGAGGCUCACCUCCUGGCCCAGCAGAGGGUUUUCUACGACAGGAACUGCCGCGCCUUCAAACGCAAAGUCAUGAUCAAGAGGCACGACGUGGAGCAGGAGCAGAUCCGAGAGGAGCUGAACAAGAAGAAGACCCAGAAGGAGAUGGAGCACGCCAUGUUGAUCCGUCACGACGAGUCUACGCAGGAACUGGAGCAGAGGCAGCUGAAGACCCUGCAGAAGCUGCGCAUGGACCUGAUCCGCCUGCAGCACCAGACGGAGCUGGAGAACCAGAUCGAGUACAACAACCGACGCGAGCGGGAACUCCACCGCAAGCACGUGCUGGAGCUCCGGCAGCAGCCCAAGAACCUCAAAGCUCUGGAGCUGCAGAUCAAGAAGCAGUUCCAGGACACGUGUAAGGUGCAGACCAAGCAGUACAAGGCGCUGCGCCACCACCAGAUGGAGGUCACGCCCAAGGCCGACCACAAGACGGUGCUGAAGGCCCUGAAGGAGGAGCAGACGCGCAAGCUGGCCAUCCUGGCCGAGCAGUACGAGCAGAGCAUCAACGAGAUGAUGGCCUCGCAGGCGCUGCGUCUGGACGAGGCCCAGGAAGCCGAGUGCCAGGCCCUGAGGCAGCAGCUGCAGCAGGAGAUGGAGCUGCUCAAUGCCUACCAGAGCAAGAUCAAGAUGCAGACCGAGGCGCAGCACGAGCGUGAGCAGCAGAAGCUGGAGCAGAAGGUGUCGCUGCGCCGGGCUCACCUGGAGCAAAAGAUUGAAGAGGAGCUGGUUUCCCUUCAGAAGGAGCGAACCGACCGGAUCAAGCACCUGCUGGAGCGCCAGGAGCGGGAGAUCGACAGCUUCGACAUGGAGAGCAUGCGACUGGGCUUCUGCAACCUGGGCACCCUGGACUUUCCCAAGGACGACUACAGAUGAGGGGCUGCUGCUGCUGUCGUCUCUCCUCGUCACCCCCGGGCGUCCGUCUGCCUCUCCUCUCCUACAACCUGACCUGACUGUGCAGGUGUUCACUGCUGCUGACGUCCUCACACACACACACACACACACACACACACACACACACACA